UCUUCCUCUUCUUCAUACCAUUAAUUAAUUGACCCGAAUCCCGCUCCCUCCUGUCCCUGCGUCUCCUUGUUCCCCCCGCGCGUCCCCUUUUGACGACUUCCGAGCAGCAAUCUACUCUGUCCGCUACCGUCCGUCCAACGAACGAAUUCGAGAGAGAGCCUUUGCAGCUUCGCGACAACGACCGCCCUGGUCCAUCAGUCGAUGACAACAGUGAUCAACAGCAUCAACCAGAUUCCGAGAUGGCCUCCAAGUUUUUAAGAGAAUACAAGCUCGUCGUAGUAGGUGGUGGUGGAGUCGGGAAGUCGUGUUUGACUAUCCAGUUGAUACAGAGCCAUUUUGUCGAUGAAUAUGAUCCCACAAUUGAAGACUCUUACCGCAAGCAAUGCGUGAUCGAUGAAGAAGUGGCGCUUCUGGAUGUUCUCGACACGGCGGGCCAAGAAGAAUACUCGGCGAUGCGUGAGCAGUACAUGCGAACAGGUGAAGGAUUCUUGCUGGUGUACAGCAUUACAAGCAGACAAAGUUUCGAGGAGAUCAUGACCUUCCAACAACAAAUCUUGAGGGUCAAAGAUAAGGACUAUUUCCCCAUCAUCGUUGUGGGCAACAAGUGCGAUUUGGAGGGCGAGAGACAAGUAUCUAAACAAGAGGGAGAGGCAUUGGCUCGAUCGUUCGGUUGCAAAUUCAUCGAGACCUCAGCUAAGUCACGUAUCAACGUUGACAACGCCUUCUACGAUAUCGUGCGCGAAAUCAGACGCUACAACAAGGAGAUGGCCGGCUACACAGCAGGAGGCAAUGAUAGGUCCAACGGUGGCCCGAAGCAAGAUAUCGACAUGGAAGGGAAUGAGAAGGAUAGGGGCUGUUGCGGCGAUUGUGUAAUAAUGUGAAUGUGGGGCAGAAGUGGUAGU